CCGUGCGGCGGAGCGAGCUGCCGCUCGCCAGAUGCCCUGACCCUUGGCCCCUGCGCGUGAGCUCCCGGGCCGCAGCAUGAACGCGUCCCCAGGCACGGUGGGCAGCGACCCGGUGAUCCUGGCCACGGCGGGCUAUGACCACACGGUGCGUUUCUGGCAGGCGCACAGCGGGAUCUGCACGCGCACCGUGCAGCACCAGGACUCCCAGGUGAAUGCACUGGAGAUCACGCCGGACCGCAGCAUGAUCGCAGCGGCAGGCUACCAGCACAUCCGUAUGUACGACCUCAACUCCAAUAAUCCCAACCCCAUCAUCAGCUACGAUGGAGUCAACAAGAAUAUUGCAUCUGUGGGCUUCCACGAGGACGGCCGCUGGAUGUACACGGGCGGGGAGGACUGUACCGCCCGCAUCUGGGACCUCAGGUCCCGGAACCUGCAGUGUCAGCGCAUCUUCCAGGUGAACGCGCCCAUUAACUGUGUGUGUCUGCACCCCAACCAGGCUGAACUAAUUGUGGGCGACCAGAGUGGCGCCAUCCACAUCUGGGACUUGAAGACAGACCACAACGAACAGUUGAUCCCUGAGCCCGAGGUGUCCAUCACGUCCGCCCACAUUGACCCUGACGCCAGCUACAUGGCGGCUGUCAACAGCAGCGGAAACUGCUAUGUGUGGAACCUGACGGGGGGCAUUGGGGACGAGGUGACGCAGCUCAUCCCAAAGACCAAGAUCCCUGCACACAGCCGCUACGCCCUGCAGUGCCGCUUCAGCCCCGACUCCACCCUCCUCGCCACCUGCUCAGCGGACCAGACGUGCAAGGUCUGGAGAACGUCUAACUUCUCGCUGAUGACGGAGCUGAGCAUCCGGAGCGGCAACCCCGGGGAGUCGUCACGGGGCUGGAUGUGGGGCUGCGCCUUCUCGGGGGACUCCCAGUACAUCGUCACCGGCUCAUCUGACAACCUGGCCCGACUCUGGUGUGUGGAGACAGGGGAGAUCAAGAGAGAGUAUGGCGGCCACCAGAAAGCCGUCGUGUGCCUGGCCUUCAACGACAGCGUGCUGGGCUAGCCCGGCCCCCGCCCGUGUGCACAGGCCACAGAGCGCCUUGACUGCGGUGGGGUUUAUUGGGCCGCCCGGCUCAGUCCGGGAGGUAAUAAAAGCACACGGAGACGCAGA